AGCGGAUGUUGCCAUGGUAUCCAGAGGUGGAGCAGUUUAUAAGGCGGCUGUUUGUAAUUCCUCCUCCAAGACUUUGGAUCAUAUUGCGCUGGUUCGCUUCAACCUCCAGCCCGUCCAAACUACCCUCUGCUCGAGAGAAGAUACUUGAACGAUGUGCGGAAUAUUUGCGUACCUGAAUUACAGAGUCCCACGGUCGAGGAGGGAUAUCUUACAGACGCUCGUAAAGGGACUUCAAAGGCUGGAGUACAGGGGUUACGACUCUGCAGGUGUCGCAGUAGAUGGCCCAGUGAAAGAUAAUGGCGCAUGCAUCGCCCUGUUCAAGAAGAAAGGAAAGGUGAAGGCACUCGACGAAGAGAUCUACAAGAAUGAAUCCGUCGAUCUGGAUGCUCAACUGGACACGCACUUUGGCAUUGCACACACCCGCUGGGCCACACAUGGAGAGCCCAGCGCCGUCAACAGUCAUCCUCAGCGAUCCGACAAGAACAACGAGUUUGUUGUCAUCCACAAUGGGAUCAUCACAAAUUACAAGGAGCUGAAAAAGUACUUGGGUUCCAAAGGAUACGAAUUCGAGUCGGAAACAGACACGGAGGUCAUCCCCAAGUUGAUCAAGUAUCUCUAUGACAACCGCGAGAGCGAUUCUGUGUCUUUCUCCACCCUGGUGGAGCGCGUCAUUAAGCAGCUGGAAGGGGCUUUUGCUCUGGUUUUCAAAAGCAUCCAUUUCCCUGGGGAGGCCGUUGCCACAAGGAGGGGCAGUCCGCUGCUCAUCGGUGUGCGCAGUCAGUACGAGCUGUCCACAGAGCAGAUUCCUGUGCAAUACAACCGCGGUGAUUCCACGAAAGAGGCAGAAGAGGAGAAAAACUUCCGGAACCGACAAGGCAGCAUCAAUGCUUUACACUCGGUUCAUGAUGGCAUGGCUGUGGAGUUUUACUUCGCCUCUGAUGCCAGUGCCAUUAUCGAGCACACCAACAAGGUGAUCUACCUGGAGGAUGAUGAUGUAGCUGUGGUGAUGGAGGGAAAGUUGUAUGUGCACCGCGUUAAGAGCGCAGCAGGGGAGGAUCCAGUCCGUGUCAUUCAAACCCUACAGAUGGAGCUCCAGCAGAUCAUGAAAGGUAACUUCAAGGCUUUCAUGCAGAAGGAGAUCUUUGAGCAACCUGAAUCGGUCUUCAAUACCAUGAGAGGCAGAAUCUGUUUUGACACCAAUGAAGUUACACUUGGUGGUCUGAAAGACCAUCUGAAGGAGAUCAAGAGAUGCAGGCGACUGAUCAUUAUUGGCUGUGGAACCAGUUUCCAUGCAGGAGUGGCUACACGUCAGAUUCUUGAGGAGUUGACCGAACUUCCCGUUAUGGUCGAGCUGGCCAGUGAUUUCCUGGAUCGCAUCACACCUGUUUUCAGGGACGACGUCUGUUUCUUCAUCAGUCAGUCGGGUGAGACAGCAGAUACUCUGAUGGCAUUGCGUUACUGUAAACAGCGUGGAGCAUUGACUGUUGGUAUCACAAACACCGUGGGCAGCUCCAUCUGCAGAGAGACAGACUGUGGAGUUCAUAUCAAUGCUGGGCCUGAGGUCGGAGUGGCCAGUACAAAGGCCUACACCAGUCAGUUUGUGUCUCUCAUCAUGUUUGCUCUGAUGAUGAGCGAAGACAGGCUUUCGCUGCAGCAAAGGAGACUGGAGAUCAUCAACGGCCUCAAGAAACUGCCAGAGCUGAUCAAAGAAGUUCUGUCUCUUGAUGACAAGAUCAAGAGCUUAGCAGAUGAGCUCGACCAUCAGAAGUCUCUACUGGUGAUGGGUCGAGGCUACAAUUAUGCCACAUGCCUAGAGGGAGCGCUGAAAAUCAAAGAGAUCACAUACAUGCACUCGGAGGGGAUUAUGGCCGGCGAGUUGAAGCACGGCCCCUUGGCGCUGAUUGACAAGCACAUGCCGGUCAUUAUGAUCAUCAUGAAAGAUGCCUGUUACCAAAAGUGCCAAAAUGCUUUGCAACAGGUCACGGCCAGACAGGGCCGGCCAAUAAUCCUCUGUUGCCAGAAUGACCCAGAGAUCAGUAAGAUGGCAUAUAAGACCAUUGAACUGCCUCAUACGGUGGACUGUCUGCAGGGCAUCCUCAGUGUCAUUCCCCUUCAGCUCAUCUCCUUUCAUCUGGCUGUUCUCAGAGGAUAUGAUGUGGACUGUCCAAGGAACCUGGCCAAAUCUGUGACAGUGGAGUAAGCUCCUCGCGUCAAAAUGUGAAAUAAUGAAUGCAGAAGAUGAGAAUCCUAAUCACUAAAGUGCAAUUCCAAGUGUGCAUGUUUACGAGUGUCUGCGUCCGUGUGAAUGUGGGAAUGUGGGUAUUUAUGAAUUGUGACCAAAACACUAAAGGUGUCCAGACCUGAAGAGAACCGGUAGGGGAUGUUGUAUUCCAUUGUAGCCUUUUCAUCCCUAUGUGCCAAUUGCAAAUUAAGGGAAUCCCAAACUGUGCCUUAUCCUAUGAGCUCUGAACUGAGCCUGAAGCAUCGUAAAAUAAGUCAAAUGUUUACCUGUUGCAAACUGGAGUGCAAUACUUUAAUCUGCACAAUGAAUUUGUGUAUCUUAAGAAAAGUGUCUUAAAUCACAGCAACCAAAAACGUUUUUAUGAAGUGUGUGUAGAAAAGUGUGAGAUGAGCGAAUGUUUUAUAUGUAGUUAAGAUUAAAGCCGAAUUUCGUUUGAAGGAAUACAUGCAUUGCAUUUAUUACAUUUGUACUACGAAUCAUCAUGUUUAAUAUUCAGCUGAAGCAAGCAAGUGUUAAUUACAUUAACUCACCAAUAGCAUUCAAACACUUCAGAUAAAAAAACAUAAAUCUUAAAAUUAUUGGGUUUCACUGGAAGAUUCACUGUACUGUUUGAGUUUAUGUCGACUGUGAAGAACUCAUUGUGGUAACUAUCGUGUUAUUAGACAUGCAUUUUAAUUUUUAAAAAAUGAUUUUAGUGAUUUUUCACAAUCUAUAUAUGAUGUGCCGAAUGAGAUUUCAGACUCUUAACCAUAACUUAUUUUUUUACGGUUUCGCUGGGAUAAACGUCUUUUGAUUGUCUCUGUAUAGUUUAAAACCAUUAUUUGCCUUAUAAAUAUAUCCAUUUUAAAUUGGUUUUGUAUUUUUAAAGUAAUGGGUAAAGGGUUUUAUGGGCAUGUCUAAAAAGAGCAGGUAUGAAAUACUUUAUAUUCCUGAUUGUUGAUCAAUAAAAAUAAAGCAAUGCUAUAAAAAACGG